GAACGACAAUCAGUCCGUGACAGAAUAAACUUCCGAUGUAAACAAAAACGUAAUAUUUUUCACAACAAAGCAGUCGAAGUACGUACCACUGAAAUAGAGAUUUCUACAUCGUCAUGCCAUUUUUAGGACAGGAUUGGCGUGGUCCUGGUGAGGAAUGGGUUAAAACUACCGAAGGAUGGGAUAGAUUAAAGUUAUGGAGGCUCAGAUUGCUGGAGAAUUUGAACGAAAAUAUUGUUUCGAGAAUUCUCAAGGAAGCCUUAGAACAGAACACAUUUAUUCAGAAAGAUGAAUACAGCCACUGUCAUCAACCUCCACAUGUACUCAUACCAAAGCACACAACAAAGGAGUGCACAGGAUCUACUAGUCUGGCAGAAUCUUUUAGUAAACUUGACAUGGUGGGGGCUGCCAGAGAUCCAAGGAGAUUCGCCUACACAUGCAAGGUGCUCCAGUACUUCAUUCGUCACAACUUUGGCAACUUGAGUGGAACUGCACAGAAAUAUAUCCUGACCAUUCUAGAAGAGGCGUUCAAUCAUGUACUGAAGACAGGCAACAAUAUCAAACAGGUUCAUAGACUACUAAUUGACCUUACCGAGGCUUUGAAUGACAAUGCAUUCUACCCUAACCAUGUAGGCAGUUUAGCUCUACAUGAUAAACACAACCAGACAGUUCAGAAGAUGGAAAGACGUCUUAACAAUUUCAAAAUGCAAGAGCGUAAAGAUGAUGGGAAGCUGACACUUAGUGAUCUCCCUGACGACUGCAUCCGGAAUAUUCUUGUCCAACUUUCUGACCACAUUGACCUCGUCCAUUCUGGGGAGACGCAACAAUCAAUGUAUAACAUUUCUUCAGACAAUCAGAUGUGGAAACAAAUGUGCCUUUUUCACUUCAACGAUGUCCAACUUGCGACAAUGUUGCAGCGACUCGGGGGAAGUUUCGAGGAAGGAGUGGAUUGGAAGUUGCUUUAUAAAAAACUAGUCAGACGCCAUGGUACUAAAGAUGUCUAUGCCGUCAUGAUUCACUCAUGCAAUAACUGUGGCUCCCUCUAUUGGGAGAGCCAUGGCCAUCCAUGCCACUUCACAGAUUUGAAAGCAUCGUCAACCCCCAUGACACCCCAAAUGUUUGCCAGAGUCGUAGGAUUUUAAUUGUGUCAUAUCUUCAGAUGUAGCAAAUUCAGUUCUGACGCAUAUAUUCAUUAAAGGAAAAUAAAGGGAGAAUGAAACCAUUGUUUAUGGAGUAUUAUCCGAGUCAAGGAUUCACAUUUGAAUAGUGAAAAGUCAACAAUAGUGAUAUUAGAUUAUUAUUAUCAAUUACAUGUUUUUUUAUAAUACUGAAGGCAAUAUCAUGGAGAUUAGUAUGUGAAAUCAAUCACUAUUUUGGUAUGAAAAUUAAUGUUGGCUGGACACCAAUUCUGCAAAAAAACUAAUGAAAUGUCAUUUACAAAGGAGUAAUAUCAUAUGUUUAUGCUCACACAUUACAGAAAUUGUACAUAGAAUAUAUACUUGAUUUUCAGCUAUCUGUAUAAACUGUUAUUAUGAAGCUAUUAAAUUAUAUUGCUUGAUUCCAAUGUUUAAAGCUCCAUGACAUUUUAAACCCUUUCACCUCUUGACACAGUUCACCCUCCUCCUUCCCCAGCUGGCACCAAAAAUAUUGGAAAUGUUUGUAUGCAACCGCAAUUACCUCACUAGAGUAUGUUUUAACCAGCGCACACUUAUGU